UAGGAGAUUUUUGAUAUUCGUACCAGAAUCUGCCAAACAAAACAUGAUAAGAAUAUGUUUCCAAAUUGAGUUGGCACAUUGGUUCUAUUUGGAUUUUUAUGUAAGCAAUGACAGUCGUUUGAAAGCAUGCAGCAUUUAUGAAUUUGCUGCUCAUGUAUUCCAGCAUAUCCCAUUUUUGAAAAGUGAGAGUCACAAGUUGCAUGAAAUCUUGGAAGAAUGGAAGGAAUACAAGCAAAGUGUUCCUACCUAUGGGGCCAUAAUAUUGUCUGAAAAUAUGUCCCAUGUACUAUUGGUCCAGAGUUAUUGGGCCAAAUCUUCCUGGGGAUUCCCAAAAGGGAAAGUAAAUGAAGAAGAAGAUCCAGCUCACUGUGCUAUCAGAGAGGUGCUGGAAGAAACAGGAUUUGAUAUUAGUGGACACAUAGAUCCAGAAGAUUUUUUGGAAUCUAUCAUAAACGACCAACUUGUCAGGCUGUACAUCAUAAAAAAUGUCCCAAUGACGACAAAAUUCAGUCCCAAGACGCGCUGUGAAAUAAAAGCCUGUUCAUGGUUCCCAAUAUCCGAUUUGCCCAACAACAAGAAAGAUUCUACCCCAAAAUUGAAAAUGGGAGUGAACCCAACUGCAUUUUUUAUGGUACUACCGUUCGUCAAAAGACUGAAACAGAUUUGUAAUGGUGCUGGUACCAGAAGAAAUAGACACAAAUCUGCUAGUAUUUGCGAAGGCGAGGUGCAUACGAGACUGAGGACGAAAUCUGUACAAAAGGCAGACUCUGUGGAUGUCAAACAUAUCAAGAAACGUCCGGAGAAGAAAAGUUCUAAAAGACAGUUGUUCAUGGACGAGGACAACUCAGUUGUCGACUUUUGCGCUCCUUCAUGGUUGAAUUUCAAGUUUGACAAAAUCGCCAUCAUGGAGUGCAUGCCCUAA